ACAGAAUCUACGAAGAGAUGGAGUCACUUCUUUAUUCAUAUCCAUCAAGGUCAAUAGGUUAAUCUUAGUUCUUACAAGGUUAUUCUUAGGACAAGAAAACGUGUGAGAAAAAUGUCCAUUUCAGCGGCAUUUUACAAAAUUAAGGAGGGCUUAAUAAGUCUCGAUUAUCCAGGAUUAAAUUCCACGCCAACUGAAGAUGAUAUCCUUAACAUUGUAGACCCAAAGAAUCGCAUAACAUUUUUAAAAUGGAUCUUUAUGAUACUAGAUUCGGAAGUUUUUAUUAAUCUCAGUGAAGAAGAGAUUGUUAAAGAAUUACUACCCGAUUUCCUGGAAUGUUAUGGAUUUUGUAAAAAAGAAGAAAUAACACCAUUUAUUGAUGGUACUCUCAAUUUUCAAUCACAGGUUGAUAUCGUUCAAAGAUCUAUCCAUUUUACAGUAUUAUGUGUACGUGGGAGGGCACGAACAUCACCACCUCCUCAUAAAGAUUUAAACUCGAUGUUAAAACAGAUUGAUGAAGCUUUUCCGAAUCUUCAAGAGGUAAAAAACAUUACCAAUGAUAAGAAAUUAGAUGAGGAAUCCCUUCAAAAAGAAAAUGAAGCUUUAUUGAAGGAGUUGGAAGAAUUAGAAAAAACCAAACCGAUUGAUUUACCUUUAGAAGAAAUUAAAAACCUAGAUCCAGAUGAAUUAGGAAAAAAUCUGGAUGAAUUUAAAAAAAAUUUGCAUGAAUUAAAAGAUAAUUUGGAACUAUUUCAAAUUAAAUGUGCUGCGAUUUUAGAUGAACCAAAAAAGGAAGUUGUUGAAAAUCAAUCGGUUAAGGUUCCUCCCGGUCUAAAACAGGAAAUAAAAAAAUUUGUUGAACUGCAAGAAGAUGUCAAAGUUAUUGCUAGUUUCAAAGAAAAUUUGUCUUCAAUUGAAGUCCGAAAUAAUCCUAUAAAAAAGGAAGUUGAAGAUCUUGUUGUAGUAAGUAGAGAACUUCUUGAUAAAUAAUUUAAACCAA